AUGAUUGAGUUGAGGGAAGCAGACUUUCGAGACCUUGCUGCAACUUUGUGCAGUCUACCGGAAGCUAGUGUCGUUGCUCGCUAUGGACGAUUACCAACCAACACGCCUUGUAGCCAAUCUGCCUACCUAGGGUACUGCUAUCGCCAAUGGGGUGUAAUAGCCGGAUACAACGAUGGCCUCUAUAUAGCUUUCAAGGAACCAGGGGAACUCAAGGCUUUGAUCCUCUAUUUGUCGAGUGCAGAUACAAUCACGAAGGACGAUCUGUCCAUCUAUUUCGGAGAUAACGAUGGAAAACGACCAAACUACAAAGCGCAAGAGACAACCAUUAAUCUAGCGCUGCGCCUUUUGCUCAUGCUCAAAUUUGGACCGGUUCAGGGCGAGGCUUUCCCGCACCACCAUCUUGUAUGGACCUCAGGUUGUUUGAAAGACUGCAUCGUGGAAUAUCUUGAUGAGGGGCCCCGCCUUGACGUGAAAGGAGUCCGCUUGCCUAAGACGUUUCAUGCUUGGAGUUUGGUCGCAAUUGGUGGUAUUCAAAUUGAAUUCACGGACAACUUGGCAGAUCAUCUUCUACUUAUCGAAGAAGAGAAUGGCAUGAAAGUAGUGGUUUUUCAUCACGUUGCUUUUCUUCGAUGCCACCGAAGGCAAGUAGACUCAUCGGGUGUCUGA